AUGGCUGAAGUUUCGCCCUUUAUGUUUGAGGAUCUUCAAAAACCCCAGUUUGCAUAUACAAGAAGUCAUAGUAGCUCAAAUGGUUCAAGUUCAGAUAAUUUACCUAAUACCCUCAAUACAAAAAAGAUUACAAAUUUACCAUCAACUUUAGAAGCAAACCUCAAGAAACUUCAAACCAGAAACAUAGAGCUUUACACAAGAAAAGCAACUGCUUUAUACAAUGAGUACAAACAACUUCAUCAUACAUGGAAUAAAUUUAAUCAUAAAUCAACCUCAACCAGCAAGACAAAUCAUUUAAGAUUAUCAUUAUUGGCAUUUCUCAGGUUAAAUCAAGAUGAUUCAUUCAUUGAAUCCAUAGAUGAAAAUGAUCAAGAACUCAAGAAAUAUCAACUAAAGGUUUGUAAAAUUGCUUCAAAGGUACUUAGUCUUUGGUGGAAUACUCUAGUGGAAGAUUUACAAGCCAAUGGUAGUAAAUUUUCAACAAUUGAUAGAAGUGCUUAUCUUGAAUGUAUAAGUCGGAUAAUAUCAAGAAAAGAAUGGAAUGCUGUUAAAUCGCAAUCAACCUUAUACUCAUCUGGUCUAGUGGCCACAUUGGACUACUGUUUUAAUAAACUACUGGUGAUGAAAAAUAUAUCAUUAUCAGUUAAUGCAUUCAUUGGGAAAGUAUUUGCUUAUGGGUUUCUAAAUUUAGAGAACUUUGGUCAUAUGUUAUUAUUCUUAUUAUUUGUGAAAAAUUUCACAAUUAAACAAAUCAUAGAGAAUAAUCCAGCUUUAGAAAAACUUGCUGGUGAUGAACAACUAUUAAAAAAAUUUCAUCCGUCUUUAUCAAACCUAGUGAGUUUCAAAGGUGAUUUUACAGAAUUUUUGUUCAUUGAAAGUGCAAAUCAGCAUAAAUUAUUAGCAUUGAACUGUAUGAAGCCUCCAAAGACACAAUAUAUUGAAGAUCUCCGUAUUGACUUAAAAGACAACAAUUGGGUUAAGAAAUGGGCAGGUUUUGAUAGUGAUAUCUUUUGCUCAUUCUUAAGACACUAUUUGGCAUUAUCAGUUGAUGUUUUGGACCCAUUCGUCUUGGACUAUAAUGAGCUAUUUAAAAUACCAGGCUUCACUAUAAUUUAUGGUCAUUUAGUGGAAAUACUGGAAUCGAACAUUAUGAUGAUUAAGAAAUUCAAAACAACUCAAGCUAAAGAAACUAAUUUCAAUAGUAACUAUUCUACAAGUUCUGCUCUGAAGAACUUUAGCAUUUAUUUGCAAAAAUUACCAAUCAUUAAAGUACUCAAAGUCAUAAGGGAUAUCAUUUAUGAUGGUGAUGAACGUAAAAGUUCAAUGGUUGUUUCUAUUUUUGAAAGAAUUUUGAUAUCUAAAGCCAAGCGUGUCCAAGCUUAUAGCUCAGUUACAUGUGAAGCCAUUUAUACAAUAUUCAUGGAAUUAUUACUACAUUUACAAAAUGAUCAAUAUUGCUUCACUAGGAACUUGAACUUGAGCUUUUGGGUUACUGGUUUGUUGAAAAUGUUGGAUACUGAUAAUAUGAUUUGCCAGACAAGAGCAUUAUCAAUGCUAUUUAACAUUUGGAAUCUUAUACCAAGUGACUUCUUUAUUAAACCAAGCAACAACUACGGAUUUGAUUCUUCCUUUUGGAACAAAGCUCCAAAAAAUUCAUUGAUUUUCAACUUGUCAAAUUAUUUACUUUCAAACGAAGUUUGGGAAAAGUUUUUUACACAUUGGCAUCCAUUAGUUCGUCAAUUCUACCAAAGAUUAUUGAUUUUCAAAAUUAUUGGUAACUCAAAUGAUAAUUACUCUAAUUACUUGAAUUUUAAAAAGAUUUUAAAAUCAAAUUUGUCUUCAACUUUUCAAAUAUUCAAAGAGGAAGUAUCAACAGAUUCUAUCACUCCAAUAAUGAAUAUGGAUUUAAUGCCAGCAAAUCCUAUGCUUAAUAGGAAAUUAAUUGUAUCACCCAUGGAAUCAUUUCAAUCAUCAAUGAAUAUCCUAGAUAACUUUGAUUCUGUUCAAUUCUUGCAAAAUGGUGCUGGAACAUCAACAAGAAGUGCAACAAGCUCAGCUAUGAUUAUUGAUACAAAUAAGAAAAUUUAUGCUUAUGAUAUUUUCGAUGAAGCUAUCUAUUCAAGUUCAAUUGGGUUUAAUACAAGUAAAUCAUCAACCAAUUUACAUUCAACAGGCCAAAGUACAAGAAAAAACUCACCAACAAGCUCCCCAUCAAUGACCAGAUCAUCUUCUGCAACUACAUUGGGUAGAGUGCCAAUAUUAGGAAGUGCUCUGAGUUUUUUCAAGAAGGUCAAUCAAUCACAGCCAACUAUUAAAGUUAACUCAAGAAAUUCAUAUUCACCUUCACCAACCUCAUCCCCACAACAAGCGUUGAGUCCUCCAUAUCAAGGUCCAGAAGAUCAAUCCAUUUUUAGAGCUCGUACAAACUCAAAUGUUUUAAAUCCUGUUCCAUCAGUUUCGUCUUCAAGCUCCAGGUCACCAAGUUUCAAAGCUCCAAAUUCGAUUUUAUCGUCACCAUCUUCAUCAUUAUCAGAUAUAUCUGACGAAGAUAACAAUUAUUCUUUACAAAAGCAUAGACAAGUCUCAUCAAAUACAUUAAGCUCUACAGCUUCAAGUAGAUUAAGUGUUUUAUCUUCAGCAAAUUCAAUCAAUUCAUCAUCUCCAAUGGAAGCAUUACCAACACCACCAGAAUUAUUAAAUAAAGUUCCAGAAAUCAAGAAAUUUAAAUUUAGAUUUCAACUAGUUGUUGCAAAUGAUCCAUCUCAAUUACAGUAUAGAAUUGUCAAUGCUAGUAAAGGUGUUUCACCAAAAAAAUUCUUCCUUUCAGAAGUUAAUAAAGCAAGAAUACCAAAAAUGCCAACUAUCCCAUUUGAACAGAAAACAAACGAGCUUGGUUUAGUAACUGAUGGUGCAUUCUAUAGUUUUAAUGGUGAUCGUGAAUUUUCAAAUGAUUCAGAUGAUGAAGAUGAUCAAUUAGUUGUUAUUCCAAGAAAUUCAAUUUCCUCAAGAACUCAAGAAGAUCAAAAACUUACUUUCAAUAGCAUCAAAAAUCAUUUAUUAUUAGGUAAAUCAUUGAAUGAAUGGGAGCUAAUUGUUGAGGAAUACGAGAAAUAUAUCGGUUUAGUCAAUGAAAUCAACUCAAUGUCAGAUACACCAAUUAGUGAUGAAUUUUUCCAUGAUCCAAUGCUAAUUGCAGAUAUUCCACCAACUUCAAAAUCAGGUAAUUAUAGUACACUUGCAUAA